AUGGAGAAGGACAUGUCGUUGAAAGGUUCAAUUAACUCCACCGGCAAAGUUUCCGAUUCCUCGAGUUUCAGUGACGAGCAAGCCGCCAGGCUCGAGAGAUACGUGUGGUGGAAGCUCGAUCUCUCUGUGGUUUUUGGGAGUGGUCACUAUUUUCUACCUGCUUUCUUGGCUGGCAAUGCUCGGGUCGCAGGUCUACAGAAGGAUUUACACCUCACCAAUGAUCAGUACAGCAUUGCGUUAACCGUCACAUUUAUCCCUUACAUAUUUGCGGAAUUACCCUCAAAUCUACUUCUGAAACAAGUGAAGAUUGUGGGACCCAAUGUUCUCCUGUCCACCUUGUUGGUGCUCUGGGGCGUGGUAACCACUCUACAAGGCAUGCCACAUCAGACCGAGAAGGAAUUCUACUCAUUCCAUUAUGCAGGUGUUGUCCACAACUAUGCCGGUUUAUUGGCCUGUCGAUUCUUCUUGGGUCUGUUCGAAGGUGGUGUUCUUCCUGGCAUCGUCCUGUAUCUCUCUCUAUUCUAUCCCAGAGCACAACUCCAAAAACGUUUAUCAGUAGUCUUCGCAGCCUCAUCUUUGGCCGGUGCAUUCAGUGGCCUCCUCGCUGCCGGAAUCUCUGAAAUGUCUGGGAUCGGUGGAAGGCCUGGUUGGGCUUGGAUCUUCAUCCUCGAAGGAAUUUUCACUGUCCUCUUUGGCAUCCUCUCCUCCUUCUUCAUCCCAAGUUCGCCGAUGAAUUGUAGGCUACUCAAGCAAGAGGAGAAGGAGUACAUCAUGCUUCGACUACGGGAGGAUGGUGCCAUCAGCAAAGACGACCGCAGCGAUGUGUUCUCAUGGCGUGAAGUGUUCAGAAUCUUCCACCUACCCCAUGUUUGGUUGUUGUUCUUCAUAUUCUUCUUCCACGGCUCGCACAAGCAUGCCGUUCAAUACGGUAGCUUGUUCCUCACACUCUCGGGAAUCAACACGGCAGCGCCCACCAUCACAAGUUGGACAGCGAAUAACACUGCGCCACAUAUUCGACGUGCCUCAGCCAUUGCCGUUGUGUGUAUGUUGACAAAUAUGGGAGGUAUCCUGUCCACAUGGCUCCUUGGGUCACUCUCGGCGGCCCCACGCUACACGAAAGCGACGAUCGUCCUGCUGGUAUUUUCCAUUGGUCUUGGUGUCGCCGCUGGGCUCAACGUUCUGUACCUAUGGAUGCAGAACAAGAAGAAGGCAGAACUAAGGGCUACCAUCACUAAAGAAGAGGAGCCAGCAGGUUUGGGUGAUCGUAGCGCAUGGCUUGACGAAGCGCUGAUCGCAACACUUACCGUCUUUUACCUCUUAUCGUGGUUGGACCGUACAAAUUUAGGGAACGCUCGAAUUGCAGGUUUACAAACAGAUCUACGGCUCACGAAUGACCAAUAUUUCCCUGACCGUGACCCUCGUGUGUGUAUGAUCUCCUUGCUUUAUCUAUUCUUGUUCAAUGAAGGAGUACGUAGCCCCUACUUAUGUGCUGAAUUACCCGUCAAUCUACUGCUGAAGAUCGUUGGCCCAAAUAUCCUCCUACCCACAUUGAUGACACUUUGGGGUAUAGUAAUGACCUUACAUGGAACCGUCAAUAGCUUUGGAGGUUUAUUGGUGUGUCGCUUCUUCCUUGGCCUCUUCGAAGGCGGAAUGCUACCAGCCAUCGUCCUGUAUAUGUCCCUCUUCUACCCGCGGUCGAAACUUCAGCGACGGCUCUCCAUGAUCUUCUCUGCCUCAUCAUUAGCUGGGGCGUUCAGCGGACUGCUUGCUGCUGCGAUAUUGCACAUGGAUGGUAUAGGUGGGAAACGAGGCUGGGCGUGGAUAUUCAUUCUCGAGGGCCUGUUCACCGUUGUCUUUGGCAUAGUUUCUUUCUUCAUCAUCCCCGAGUCAGUUGGGCACUGCGCCCUUCUCGGUGCAGGAGAAAGGGGAUAUGUUCUGAAGCGUCUGCGUGAAGAUGGGGCGAUCAGCCAGAAUGAUAGUGCCGACGGUUUCGCGUGGAAGGAAGUCUUCCAGGUGUUUAGACUGCCCCACGUAUGGUUUAUUCUCUGUAUAUUCUUCUUCAAUGGCAUUAUUCUUUAUUCACUGAGCUACUUUACGCCGUCAAUCGUGCAAGCGCUUGGGUGGAGUGGAACUCGAGCCCAACUCAUGACGGUGCCUCCUUAUGCUGUUGGUUUCGUGGUCACCAAUCUAGGAUCAUACGUUGCUGAUCAUUACAAACGCCGUGGCAUUGUCAUAAUUAUAUGUGCUGCCUGCCUUACUGCCGGGUUUUCCAUGUUUCUUGCGUCGCACAGCACAUCUGUCCAAUACGGCAGUCUCUUCCUCACGAUCGCAGGAAUCAAUGCUGCCGCCCCAGCGAUCACUAGCUGGGUCGCAAACAACACCGCCCCGCAUGUGCGACGCGCUUCUGCUAUCGCCUGCGCCUGCGUAAUGACCAACGCUGGAGGAAUUUUGGCGACAUGGCUAAUUGGCUCGCUCUCGCCGCCUCCCCGUUACACCAACGCCACCAUUGUUCUGUUGGUAUCGUCCGUUGGAUUGGGGAUCGCUGCGGUAGGGAAUGUCAUUUAUCUGUGGAGCCAAAAUAGAGUCAAGGAUAGGUUACGUGCAGUGGUCACCAAGGAGGAAGAGCCAGAGGGUUUGGGGGAUCGCAGGGCGUGGUUUACGUAUAUCCUGUGA